AUCUGCGUGCGCGCGUGUGUGCGAGUGUGACAGCGGCUGCGACUGUGGCCGUGGCCGUGGGAGGCGGGCCUGGCGGAGCCCAGCAGCGCGGGGACCGGCCCCAGCGCCCGCUCCCCGAGCGCGUCGCGGCCGCGUGGCCCGGUGGAGCCCAGAGACCAUCCGGCCCCGGCCCCGCGCUGUCGUGAUGUCGGUGGCGGGGCUGAAGAAGCAGUUCCACAAAGCCAGCCAGCUAUUUAGUGAAAAAAUAAGUGGUGUAGAAGGAACGAAACUAGAUGACGAAUUUCUUGACAUGGAACGGAAAAUAGAUGUUACCAAUAAAGCUGUUGCAGAAAUUCUUUCAAAAGCCACAGAAUAUCUUCAGCCAAAUCCAGCAUACAGAGCUAAGCUAGGAAUGCUGAACACUGUGUCGAAGAUCCGAGGACAGGUGAAGACCACCGGCUACCCGCAGACGGAAGGCUUGCUGGGCGACUGCAUGCUGAAAUACGGGAAGGAGCUCGGGGAAGGCUCCGCUUUUGGCAAUGCGUUGAUAGAAGUUGGUGAAUCCAUGAAGCUAAUGGCUGAGGUGAAAGACUCUCUUGAUAUUAACGUAAAGCAAACGUUUAUUGACCCACUUCAGUUACUACAAGACAAAGAUUUAAAAGAGAUUGGGCACCACCUGAAAAAGCUGGAGGGCCGGCGCCUGGAUUACGAUUAUAAAAAGAAGCGAGUAGGUAAGAUACCAGACGAAGAAGUCAGACAAGCAGUAGAAAAAUUUGAAGAGUCAAAGGAGUUGGCUGAAAGAAGCAUGUUUAAUUUUUUAGAAAAUGAUGUAGAACAAGUCAGCCAGUUGGCCGUGUUUAUAGAGGCAGCUUUAGACUAUCACAAACAGACCACAGAGAUCCUGCAGGAGCUACAAAACAAGCUACAGAUGCGAAUAUCGGCUGCGUCCAAUGUCCCCAGACGAGAGUACAAGCCACGGCCCAUAAAAAGGAGUCCUAGUGAGCUCAAUGGAGUGUCCACCACCCCUUCAGCAAAGACAACAGCCUACAGCAGAUUGGAAGCAGCAGAUUAGAAAGGCCUGAGGGACUGCUUCGGGAAGGCCCACUGACAGCAGGAAAAAGUGACAGGUCGCAGCCUGACUACAAGGGAGGCAAGAGAGAAACUAUAAAAAGCAGGAACAAAAACUCAAAAGGCACAGCAGUCUGGGGCACUUACUAAAAGACAAAGAGCCCUCCUCAGGUCAGUAACUUCCAGUAGACCCCAUACCUCGUACCCUGAUGGGCACUUAUGUCGACAGCAGUUGUGUGAAUUACCUCUUUCCAUCCCCUUUCCCUACCACCAAAAAAAGAAAGAAAGCAGGAGCAGAGGGGUGUUGUAACUGGCCUUUCCACUGGGAUGCUCUGACCAAAUGCUUCUGGGUAAUGAAAUUCCCAAAGUCAGGACCAGCAGAGAAGAAGAGAGUAUGGUGGGCUCCUCUGGUGGUCUGAAAAUAAGCCGAGGUCAAGGACAGCUAAAGAGCUGUGAUUUUUAGUGCUACAGAGAGAAGGAUGCCCCCUGCCCCUCUGACCACGCCUUCUCCCUCCGCCUCUAUCUCCUUCAAAGUCGGGAUUAGAAAUACAGCCUUUGAGAACAGGCUGGCAGAUCCUGGCAUGUGGCAGAGAGGGAGUAGGGAGGGAGCACAUGAGGUGGCCAGGCUGCAGGAAUGCCAGUCCCGUCAGGUGGCAUCUCCACUCUGGUGUCUAAUCCAUUACCUGGAGUAGACACGUGGUUUUGUUUGGUUAUUUAUGUACUUAUUCUAAUGGAAGCCUGAGAUGCUCACUUUGAAGCAGGACAGAGAAUAAGCACCUGAAGGACAUCCCUUGAGUGACUGGCAAGGAGAGAUGGGCUGUGGGCAGACCCCCCGGGAUCAGAGAAGGACUUAGGGGGUGAACACGCCUAAGGAACGUCCCAAUGCCCGGAAGCUCCCAGUGCACGCCCAGGUGAGGAUCCCCCAGCUCACUCCGAGCCCAGCUGAUGGGCCACCCCCUCGGCCGGGGUUGGGUCAGAAGCUGAGUGGCAUGCAUUCACUAGCUAAUGAUUUUCAGAGCGGGCACAUGCCAUGGUGGUCCAGAGCACAGACCCUGGACCUAGACGGGGGUCACGUCUCAGACUGCUGUUUAAUUGCUUUGAACCUCAGUUUCUCCAUCCAUCAAUUGAGGGAAAUAGUGUUAUCUUAUCAGAGGGAGGGUUUCUCUGAAAAUUGAAUCUGCUGAUAUCUCUGAGGCAUUUCGAAUAUUGUCCUGGCACAUGGUAGAUACUAAAAAUUGAGAGUUAUUAUUUCAUCCCUGUGGCUGACUGGGACUGCAGAAUUAAUUGUGGGACAGCCGCUAUCGGAAUAAAAUGUGCCUGGCAGUUCUGUACAUGUGAGUUGUCCUUUGCAGCAGGGACUUUGGGAAACAAAAGGUGGGGUCAGAGGAAGGGCAUCCAAAGAAUUUUCCUGCUGUUAAAAUAAGAGGGGACUCAAUAUUGUUAGGAACUGGACCACAUUAUUGCCAAGAGGGAAGGGAAAUUUAUUUUAGGGAGAAUGCGAUUUCCCUGCUUAUUGUGUGUUGCCGAUGCAGUACUGACUGACCGGCUACCUUAAAAUUCUCA